CCUCUCUCUCAGCCUGCCUUUGAUAGACAGGUCUCUUACUCUCUCUUCUUUCUCGUCGUGAGGCGGCAGGCGAAAGAUGUCCAAGUUCGGACCGAGUCGGCUCAACAAGGCUCUUGCAGGGCUCUUCUGCAUGAGUCUCUGGCGCAAAGGCGGGCUGUGCUGCAACAUCAACUGCUCCUGCUUCAACGACGUCGAGUCGCCCGAGGCAGAGAGGCACCGUGCCGAGGCCGCACGUUGGCAAUAUCGCAGCGAAAAGAAUGCGGCCCGACAGGAGAGUCGGGCGCAGAGGGCCGAUAGGAAACGGGAGAGACGGGCUGCACGAAGUACGCCCAAGGGCUCUUUCAAGGGUGCACAGACUCCAGCUGCAAACGAAGAGGGCGCCCCUUCAGCGCCCCAGGCGACAUCUUCACCGAAUCCCAUCGAUGGUGAGAGGCCUGCGCCUGAGCAUCCGGGUGGAGAGGCUGCUGCAGCUAGCAAUGCCGGUGUUCAGGAGGAUGCCGAGCUGCCAGAGGAAGGUGCUGUCGAUGUGAAGCAGCGCCCAGCGGCUGGAAGCAGGCGCAGCAGCAGGCGGGUGGCCAAGGAGGAGCGCCGCAAGGCGAAGCGAGCAAGCAAGCAGCAGAGGAAGAGCUCCAGGUCAUCGACGCCUGGAGCCUGAUCGCUCAUUUGUUUUCUUUUUGAUAUCCAGGUGCACAACGCCCUUCAUAGAGAUUGGUCUAGCUGCAAUGCAAUGAACUUUAUACCAG